UCCACUGCAGGACUGUGUUUCAGGGGCUGUGAAUUAUGGGCCCCUGCUGUCACUGUGACUGCUCUGCGUUGGACAUUUCACCUCGUCACUGUAAAUUCAAAAAGGAGGAUUACAUUUUGCUGACUCCUGAUUUCAAAGCCGUUGCUUGACCAAGUGCAGACAGCUGGCCGGUCCCUCUGACAGGAGACUUCUUACAGUCCGCAGUUGCAGGAUCUGGGAUUUUACAGGGGUCUGAACAGGGCUACCGGAGGAGAGACCGUAUCCUGGAUCACAGAGAGCCCCUAUAGGUUGCUGUUUACGCAUUAAGACUACGGACUCUUUCUCUCCUGGGUAAAAAAAAAAAAAAAAAAAGCGUUUUGUAGUUGACUGGGCGUUUAGGACGCGCUCGGUAAACGGUGAUGCUACGGCGGCGCGCAGGAACCGUAGAGGGAAGAGACAGGUGAGGUGCGGCGGAGGAGCUGCUGUUAUUACAGAGAGGCUUUGGAUACCGAGAUCCGUGGUAUCCAUCACCCUUUUCUCCACAGAGAGGAAGAAAAGCGACCGGAGAGGGCGAGUUGGCGACUGGCACCUGCCUCCGCCUCCCUACCUGGCCAUCUGGUGCGUGCAUGUGUGUUGCUGCCAUGGCGACCGUGGCUCCUCCCCUCACAUUUCUGCUCCUGCUGCUUCAACUGGCGGAUGGCUCAUUCCCAGAGGAACCCAGUCCACUCAGCUACGUCCCCGUAGAGGUGGUGCGGAGGUAUCCGGUGUUCUUGGGCAGAGCUCAUCGCUCGGCUCAGAGACAGGAGCUGCACAUCCAGACGGUCCUCCAAGUCAACCGCACGCUCUACAUAGGAGCCAGAGAUGACCUGUACAGAGUGGAGCUGGAUAACAUGGCAGGUGAUGAGAUGUUCUACAGCAAGAAACGGACAUGGGAGUCCAACAAGAACGACAUCCGAGUGUGCCGUAUGAAGGGCAAACACGAGGGAGAGUGCCGUAAUUUCAUCAAGGUUCUGCUCAGCCAGCAUGGUGGCCUGUUUGUAUGUGGAACAAACGCCUUCAACCCGCUGUGUGCCAACUACACUAGAGACACUCUAGAAAUGGUGGGAGAGUCUGUCAGCGGGAUGGCACGGUGUCCAUAUGAUCCACGGCAUGCCAAUGUGGCUUUAUUUGCAGACGGUAGUCUCUUUACUGGUACUGUGACAGACUUCCUGGCCAUCGACGCAGUGAUCUAUCGCAGUCUCGGAGACAGCCCCGCCCUCCGCACAGUCAAACACGACUCCAAAUGGUUCAGAGAGCCGUACUUUGUGAGCUCCAUGGAGUGGGGACCUCACAUCUAUUUCUUCUUCAGAGAGAUGGCCAUGGAGUUUCAUCAUCUGGAGAAGGUGAUGGUGUCCCGUGUGGCUCGUGUGUGUAAGGCAGACCUGGGCGGCUCACAGCGAGUGCUCGAGAAACAGUGGACCACAUUUCUAAAGGCUCGGCUCAACUGCUCCGUCCCGGGAGAUUCACACUUUUACUUCAACCUCCUGCACGCCACAAGCAACAUCAUCCACAUGCAGGGACGGGACGUCAUCCUGGGUCUCUUCUCCACACCGCCAAACAGCAUCCCCGGCUCUGCAGUGUGUGUGUUUGACAUGCAGCAGCUCGCUCAUGUCUUUGAGGGCCGCUUUAAAGAGCAGAAAUCCCCCGAGUCUAUUUGGACUCCUGUGCCGGACGAAGCGGUGCCUAAACCGAGACCAGGAGGAUGUGCAGUGCAGGGAUCCAGAUUUAGCUCCUCUACCACGCUGCCAGAUGAGGUGCUGAACUUUGUGAAGACCCACCCACUGAUGGACGAGACCGUUCCGCUGCUGGGGCACAGACCCUGGGUGGUCAAGACGAUGGGACGGUACCAGCUGACAGCCAUGGUGGUGGACACAGAAGCUGGUCCCCACAAGAAUCGUACAGUCUUGUUCCUGGGCUCGACUCGAGGAACCAUCCUCAAGUUCCUAAUGGUUCCCAGCGGAGAUUCUGUCUCCCACAGCAGCGUGUUUCUGGAGGAGGUGGAAGGAUUCAACCCAGAGAAGUGUACCGAGGACUCUCCUCAGGCUCGUCAGCUCCUGUCUCUGUCGUUGGACCGCACCAGUCACACUCUGCUGCUGGCCUUCCCCUCCUGUCUGGUCCGAGUGCCCACAUCUCGCUGCCACCUGCACUCACGCUGCAUGAAGAGUUGUCUAGCCUCCCGAGACCCGUACUGUGGCUGGACCAGAGGCAGCACCUGCUCCUUCCUGAGACCAGGCACACGGCUGCCGUUUCAACAAGAUGUGGAAUAUGGAAACACUACCUCCCAUCUAGGAGACUGUGAUGGAAUUCUGCAGCAGAGUUUGCUGAUCGAACCGGAGAGCUUGGUCUCCCUCAACCUGCUCGUGGCGUCUGCAGUGUCUGCGUUCACCAUUGGGGCGGCGCUCUCCGGCCUCGCCGUCUGCUGGAUCAUGGCCCACAAGCCCACCAACCGUCGCCACGGCACCUCCUCCCAGUCCUCCAUCCAGCGGCGCGAAAGAGGCUUGCUGAGCAACGGCGGUGGGAUGGGAGGCUCUGUUCUCAGCGUGACACGGCAAGGAGGCGGGGAGCGCCCUUGCACUCAAGGUGGGGAAACCCUGUUUGUUAUGCCCAAUGGCUGGGUGAAGUCAGGGGAGCUUGACCCGGGUUUCCUGCCAACCCCGGAGCACACGCCGCAGCAGAAGCGCAGAGGCCUACGACUGUCUGACUCCAACUCUGGAGGGUGGGACACCAGCCAGACGUACCUGGGUGGAGGCUCUGUGGGUCUGGGUUCACCUUGCCGCAUCCCCCCGUCUGUCUAUCUGACCACCAGACUCUUCCAGCAAGGGGGAGGUGGGAGACAUGGCGGUGAGAGCCGAGGGAAUGACACACCACGCCAGCACUACGUCUGCCUGAGCAAGCAAGAAAAAGCAGUGAGGGGGACACCCAAAGCCCCUCUCAGGAAGUCUGCUGGAGAAUACGUGUACCCCAUGACCCCCCAGGACUCGCCUGAGCGCCGGAGGGUGGUCUCAGCACCCAGCGCCCCCAUGGAGUACGGCGAGCCGCUGCCUUUGCGUUGGCCAGCCCCGGAGGGAUACAUCCUCAGCAGUCACGGCAUGGUCCCCGUCCCCCUGCCUCCACCAUCCAUGCCAGCUCCCAGCAGCCAGGCUUACGUGUCCCAGCAACACACCCCCGGGCUGAGCAGGGCUCUGCUGCGAGGGGCCCUGGAACGAGGGGAGCUGGGCGAGCUGGUGGAUCUCAGCCAGCUGAUGAGUAAGAAGAACUGCAGUGAUAGGACUCAGGCUGGCCAGUGACUCUUGAGGGAAUGAAGCGGACGGGAGCUUUUCCAUGUCCAACGCUCUCUGUUUUAUUUACAUAGCUCUCUCUUUUCUCUCUCCUCCUCAUUCUGUCCAUUCCCCUCUCCCUUCCUUUCUCUUUUCCCCACAUCUUUAUUUGUCAUUCAGCCCCUCUGAUCUCCUCUGUCAGUCUCUCAGGCAAACCCCCCCCCCCUCCCCGUCACGCCCCAUGAUGAGUCUCUCUUUAUGACUGGCUGCUGGGUCUGCCACUCAUAUCCUGGCUCACACUAAUUGGUCAGAUGGACUGAGGUUGUUGCUGUGUCUGCAUUGCAGAGUUGCCUCUCUCCUGCUACUCAGCGGCAGCAGGAGGAGGGAGGAAAGAGAAGGAAGCAAGGAAAGAAGCAAAGAAGGAAAGACUGAAUGGGGAGGGGGGGCAGAGAUGACAGAGACAAAGAUGGACAUGGCUCUUACAAGCUGCCUUCUCUGUGCAGAAUAACUGAGGCUGCAGAGCCAGUCGAAUAUUGCUGCAGGAGUGGGAUGCUCUCCCCUCUUGGAUAACAUUAACAAGACUGCCACCCAUCUGUUCCAUGCUAUAUUACCUGUUGGUCUGAUUGCCAACUAGGUACUUGAAGUGAAAUUGCAAAAUCUGAAUGCCGUAAAAGUAUCUGAAGCUGCAGGCGACUCAUCGGACAAAAGACUGAAGUCAAUCUGACUGUAAACACAAAUCUAAUGGAGGACGAGGAAUCUUUCUCUCCAUCUCUUUUCUUCUUCUCUCCCUCUUUGCUGCACACACACAGUCGACGCUUACAUGUUUUUGAACAGGUGACGGAGGGUAUUUAGUAUUCUGUGUGUACAAGAAGCACGAGGUGUGUGCCAAAUGCCUCGAACCUGUCUCACGGGGAUAUGGGACCAUAACUCACGUCGUUGGAGAGCAGAGUGCAGGACUGAAAUGUCAGCACUAUUUCUGCCAACCGCAUGCUCUCUGUAAAUGACGGCAUCUCAGCCGUCCAUCGCUCUAUUCGUUUGCCUCCUCCUUACACUCCAUGUACUCUUUAAUGACCAAUAAUUCCACGAGGACGUCGGGGGAGAUUGCACCCAAACGCUGGACUGACUGAAAAAUCAGAGCCGGACAGGAAGGAAGGAAGAAAGAGAGGAUUUAAAGUAAAGGCACUGCAAUAUAUGAACACCCUGUCCUUCACUGUCACCUUAGGGUUUUUAUACACACACACACACACACACACACACACACACACACACGCACACACACACACAUUCAUUAAUGCUGAAUUAUAGAACACAGUCAGGUUUUAUUGGGCAAAAUUUCCCCUUAAGCCCACAGUGGGUCAAGGUCUCGCAGACGUGAUACAGAACAAAGUGACAGUUACAGUGGCGAUGAUUGAAACCUGUGGCCUAACUCGAAGCCAAUAGGGGUAAUGGAAAUGUUCCCAGCAGGCAAAUGGGACUAUAUAUUCAGCCCAUCAAAGUGUCCGGUGCCAUGAAGUGGUCGGCGAUUAGAUCAACACAACAUGGUGUGAGUGUGUUAGCGUGGAGAUGGAAGUCAUAAGAAAGAGACAAGAUAAAGAAGACAGAAGUAAAAAGCAAGUAAGACUUGAUGAGAUGACGUGCACCCACGACGACUGUGGAAAAUAAUGAGAAUUUGCUAUAACUGACCGGAUGACUUGAUUUUCAGUCCUGGUCAGUGGCGGACGAAUGAACACUGGUUUGUGCUGACCUUGUGGUGAGCAGCAAUAUAUGGUUUAUCUGUACAUAGUAAACUUUAAUUUAGAUAAUGUAAGACAAACAGUAACUCCAAAAAAAUGAUAUCAGGCACUAGCUUGCAAACAAAAAUAGACAUUAUCAUGUCAUUAUAGCUAUUAAUGUAUGAAAAUCUGUUUUCAUAUGUUUCAUAUCGACCUGCUCCAAGAUUGAAAUCACCAAGAUGCUUAAAAGGAUACUUCACCCACAAAAUGACCAUUUGUAUAUCAGAUGAGUCACGCCACGUUACCCUGAAUCUCAAGGAAGAUUUUGUUUUUCUCUCAUGCACCACGGUAAACGACGAACAUAUUGAUCCAUUCAUUGCUUGGGGACAACAUCUCACAACAGCCAAACUGUCAAAACAUCUGUUUACAAAAUCUUACACAACUUGUGCAGUAUGUCCAAGUCCAAUAAUCAAGUUGUGUGCUCAGUGCUUCCAAGUGGCGACGUCCAGGGCUGAAAAAUGAAGCCAAGGUAUAAGUGCCAAAAACUGCAGUUUCUCUAAUGGCCACUAGAUGGUGGCUCUAAAAGUGAGUCUAUCCUUACAGACCUCCAUGUUAGAAAUGCCCAACUUUAGAGCAGAUAUAAACAUGUUUACAGUCUAGUUUUGUUCUCUGAAGCUAACGUUAACAUUCAUGACUGUACGGGGGGGAAUAUUUAUAUAGCUAACCUGUUAACAUUUUAUUAAGGCUUAAAGUUACGCAUGAUUAAGUGUGGCGCUACUUGAAUGACAGGCUGUCUGCCAGGCAUUGCUUCAAUCUGGGGGUGCUUUCAGACCUUGAGUUGUCUUGCUUUGGUCCGAAUCAGUGACCAGUUUCAUGUUCUCACGGCAGCAUUUACAAGUGGACCACAUAAAAUGCCUCCACAAGAAAGCUACACUUGAUUGGUCAGGAUUUCCAGGAAGUAAACAAAACGUUGAAGAAGAGUACACUUGCAAGAUAAAUGUGAAACUUUCAAAUGUCACAAUGGAGGGACAACUACGCAGGUUGAUUUUAGCGCUGCUCACCGUGGACUAUAUUGCUGUCAUUGUUCAUUUUAGUCAAACCAUACAGUUUGAAAACGAGGCGCGGCUCCAACUAGAAAACAACGUUUUGAUGCAUUGGAUGUGCUGAAUGUGCAUAUUAAGGCAGUACAGGAGGAGGUGCACAUUAAUAAUCCU